CAGUCCCAUCUACUGCCCCCUCACUGACACGGUCAGCUGCCCUACCCUGCCCUCUCCCGCUUCCUCUCUCUAUUCUCCGAGACUGGAGUUUCUCUCUGAUUACGGGGUUUAUAAAUGUGAGGGCGAGGCCUCCACCGCUGGAGGAAGGUGGCGUUGGUUAGAGUUAGAGCCCCUCUCCGGGGACCGUCCGUGAAGUGCCCUGUACUUGUGUAGAUUGUGAGAGCGAGGGAGGGAGAUGGGUCAGGGAUUAAGCUGCGCGGCGAGUAACGAGCAGGGGCUCUUCAGGGCGGUACAAGUUGGGGACUUGAAAACUGUGGAGGAUCUGCUGGAGAGAGACCCGGCUCUCUUGCACCACGCCACUGUCUAUGAUCACCACUCUGUGCUUCACAUAGCCGCUGCCAAUGCCCAGGUCGAGAUUCUGUCCAUGCUUUUGGAGCGAUCUGUGAAUCCAGACGUGUUGAAUCGUCAAAAGCAGACUCCGCUAAUGUUAGCUGCAAUGGGCGGCAAGAUCUCAUGCGUCAAAAGGCUUCUCGAAGCUGGAGCAAAUAUAUUGAUGUUUGAUUCCCUUUACGGAAGAACCUGCUUGCACUAUGCUGCUUACUACGGUCAUGCCGAUUGCCUUCAAGCAAUUCUUUCUGCUGCUCAAUCUAGUACCGUUGCUGUUUCUUGGGGGUUUGCACGGUUUGUGAAUAUUAGAGAUAGUAGGGGAGCAACACCUCUGCAUUUAGCAGCCCGUCAAAGACGGCCUGAUUGUGUACAUAUUCUCCUAAACAAUGGUGCUCUUGUUUGUGCUUCAACCGGCGGAUACGGCUCCCCGGGAAGUACUCCUCUUCAUCUGGCUGCCAGAGGCGGAUCUCUGGAUUGCAUCCGUGCAUUGUUAGCAUGGGGCGCGGAUCGUCUUCAAAGAGAUGCAUCUGGGAGAAUACCAUAUGUAGUUGCUUUGAAGCGCAAGCAUGGUGUAUGUGCAGCCUUGCUGAAUCCUUCGUCUGCGGAGCCUCUUGUCUGGCCGUCACCUUUGAAGUUCAUUGGUGAGCUUAAUCAGGAAGCAAAAGAUCUGUUAGAACAAGCCUUGAUGGCGGCAAACAGGGAGAGGGAGAAGACAGUUUUAAAGGGCACUGCAUACUCCCUUCCAUCUCCAUCUCCAUCUCCAUCUCAUUCUGAUGGCGUGGAGGACAACAUUUCUGAGGUCAGUGAUACUGAGCUAUGCUCCAUAUGCUUUGAGCAGGUGUGCACAAUUGAAGUCCAAGAUUGUGGCCACCAAAUGUGUGCACAUUGCACAUUAGCACUUUGCUGCCACAAUAAACCCAACCCGACCACAGCGUGCCUAACCCCGCCAGUUUGCCCAUUUUGCCGAAGCACCAUCUCCAGGCUGGUGGUUGCAGUAGAUAUAAAAGACUGUGACGACUCCGAUUGCAAUAGUGGUGAUAUGAGUUCUUGCAAGUUAAGAAGGUCAAGGAGGUCCCAAAACCUCAGUGAAGGAAGUAGCAGCUUCAAGGGCCUAGCCGCUUCAUUUGGAAAGAUGGGCGGCCGUAGCUCUGGACGGAUUGCCGCUGAAAAUGAGUGGGUGGAUAAACCUUGAUGGUUGGUGGAAUUUGGCAAUCGAAAAAUGUCAUGUCAUUUUGACCAUCAAGAUACAGAGACUGUCUAAUGGUAAAAGGGAAGAGCAAAAUGAUGAAAAUGCCAUGACCAUAAGUGCUGGAUCUACCCAUUUAAAAAGUAUAGAUAGAAAUCUAUCUCCUAUUAUGUAGAUUUGAGAAAUAAGCAAGGACGGUGGUUGAAGUUUGGGUUGGUAAAGCUUGGUCGUUGGGGUUAUGUUGUAAUAGUUGUUUCCUUGAGACUGAAGAAGUAUUGAUGAUUUUUUAGGGUCUUCUAGAUGCCUGAAUUUGUAGAAAAAAAACCGAGAUAUUCUUUUCUUUGGAGUAAAAUUUUACAUUCUUAAAUGGCUA